AUGUGGGAGGAUUACCGUGGGGAGGGAAGACCACCGACUAGAUGGGAUAAGUUUGUAGAUGCAUUCAUGGACCACUUCUUGCCUGCCGAGACAAUGGCGGCCCAUGACACAGAGUUUGAGGUCCUAAAGCAGGGUAUUAUAAGUGUUUGGGAGUACCACAUGGAGUUUGUGAGGUUGUCCAAGUAUGCUCCUAAGUUAGUGUCGACCAUAGAUGCUCGAGUUCGGUGGUUCGUUCAAUGUCGCAGUCCUUUGGUGGUGAAUAAGGCUGCUAUAGCGGCCUUACACUUAGAUAUGAAUUAUGGGAAGAUUGUGUGGUUCGCUCAGGCCACAGAGGCUAGGAAGUUGAAAAUACGGGCAGAAAUGGAGAGUAGCAGUAGGGCCCGAUCAGCGGGUCACUCAGGGAGACUAGUUUCGGGGAGAGGGCCAUCAAGGCCGUCCAAGUCAUAUGCGCAGUCCUCAGCAAGCGCACCGCCAUCUGUGCAUAGUUAUCAGCAGGGCAGUCACUUGAGAACAAGUUCGGACAGUAGGAGACCCUAUCAUUUUGGUCGUCCAGGAGGGAGAUCACAGCAGCAGGGGAGGGCUUCAUGUCCCAAGUGUGGGAGGUUCCAUUCCGAGACUUGUUAUUUGGAUAUUCCGUUGUGUUAUAGAUGCGGGGUGAGAGGUCAUAUCCAGCAGGACUGUCGUGCGCCCAGUCAGGGCAUGAGUGGGGGAUUUGCUCAGUCAUCCGGUUCUUCAGCUUCCACAUCAUCCGUGUGUCCUCCAGACCUAGAAGGGCGCGGAGUAGUUAGGGGUGGAGCUCGUGGUAGAGGUAUAUCUAGCCUGUUUUACGCCUUGAGUGGUAGCCAGAGUGCAGAGGCCUCCCCAGAUGUUGCUACAGACACCACUUCAGAAGUGUCUGUCACCGAGUCCGUGCCAGUAGUGAAUGAGUUUCUUGAAGUGUUUCCGGACAAGCUUCCAGGGAUCCCGCCAGAUAGGGAGGUUGAUUUGGGGAUUGAUGUAUUGCCAUAUACGCGGCCGAUAUCUAUUCCACCAUGCAGAAUGGCGCCAACGGAGCUAACCAACGCCCCGACAGCUUUCGUGGAUCUUAUGAAUCGGGUCUUCAAGCCAUUUCUAGACUCUUUUUUGAUAGUUUUCAUUGAGGACAUCCUUGUUUAUUCGCGGAGCAAUGAGGAUCAUGCCGAUCACCUCAGUGCAGUUUUGCAGACCCUUUAUCAGCACAAGUUGUAUGCUAAAAUUUCAAAAUGUGAAUUUUGGUUAGAGUCCGUUACCUUUCUAGGCCAUGUUUUUUCCAGUGAAGGGAUUCAGGUGGAUCCCCAGAAGAUUGCGGUAGUAAAAGAUUGGCCUAGACCCACGACCCCGACGGAGAUCCGUAGCUUCUUGGGCUUAGCGGGGUACUAUCGGAGGUUUGUGGAGGGAUUCACUACCCUCGCCUCCCCUUUGACUAAGUUGACGCAGAAAGCAGUUAAGUUCCAAUGGUCCGAUGUUAGUGAGAAAAGUUUUCAGGAAUUGAAGUCAAGAUUGACUUUGGCGUCGAUAUUGGCCUUGCCGGAAGGCACAGAAGGAUUUGUGGUUUAUUGCAAUGCCUCCAGGGCCAGUUUGGGGUGUGUGUUGAUGCAACAUGGGAAGGUUAUAGCAUAUUCUUCGAGGCAACUCAAGAAUCACGAGAAGAAUUAUCCGAUGCAUGAUUUGGAGCUUGCGACAGUUGUAUUUGCCUUGAAAAUAUGGCGGCAUUAUCUUUAUGGGGUCCAUAUAGAUGUGUUCUCGGCCCACAAGAGGAAGGCGAAUGUGGUGGCCAACGCUUUCAGUCGGAAGUCCAUGGGUAGUUUGGCUCAUUUGGGAGCGGAUCAGAGGCCUUUGGCUCGGGAGGUAUCACGUGGAAUACGAAAGGCACCCAGGUCCGCUUGGCUGGGAGAUACCCAGUCAAGUGCCGGUCGCGCCCCUCGAUUUUUGGGGCAUGACAGCCCAUCUCCUCCAAAGCUUGAGCCUGCACCUGAGCCCUCAGUUCACCGCAAGCAUUCUCGACGUGGUCAGCUUCGCCCGUAA